UCGAUAAGAUGCUAAAAAUUUACCCCCUCAGGUUAUGUCGAUCUGGAUCAAGUUGAACUGUCAAAUUUUUGGUUUACAGUUACUUAUAACAAACCAAUAUUUCGCGUCGUCAUUCUGUCUCUUUAUUUGGCCCGUCAAUGAUUUCUAAAUAACUAUUUUUAACUAAAAUUACCAAAUCAACGAAUUAAGAUGGCAUCAUGGGGCCCCAGAAAGAAUGGAUCACCGAACAAGGAGUUUUUCGAAUCGUCAGAAUCACUGCAAGCCGUCGAGAAGAUUACGUUAUGGUUGACCAAAAAUUGUAAACAGUACAUCCGAUCAGAUCCACCAACCAAGGAUUAUUUGAGUAAACUUAUAAUUGAAUUGUUGGAAUAUCAAGAGGCUCAAAGAGCAUUUGAACGUAUUGUGAAUUGUCAUACUGAUUGCACUUGUUCGUCGAAGGAAGAUUUAAGCAAAGAAAUUACUGUAAUCGUCGAAGAAAUUAUCAAGUCGAAAAUUCGCGACAAUAUCUUAAUGUCGUCCAGAACUAGUCUGACCACACAGAUUGAUGUUAAAAGUGAGAAAAAAAUAGAGAAACAGGCGGCUGAACUUCUGAUAUUAAAAAGCCAAGUGGCUUCACAAGCCGGUUCCAUUGUCAAUCAGGCAAAAUAUUUAAAUAAUUUAUCGGAAAAAGUAGAUAAAUCUAAUGAGCACGUUGAGUGUUUAAAAAGUCAAAAUGAUGCUUUAAAACAAAAAUUCGAUGAAAUUAGUCGAGAAAAUGAAGACCUCAAGCUAGAAUUGGAAAUUUUUAAACGAGAAAAUGUGAAAUUGUUGGACCAGAAUGAUCGUUUACAUGCUAAAUUAGAUGAAUUGUUAACUGUAGAAUGAAUAGAUGAAUUGUAAUCAAAUUUUCUUU